AUGUUGAACGCCUCAAUUACGUGUAAACUGGACAAGAAAAUACCAAUGAGCAGAGAGCGGCUUUCCGAGGAGACCAUUUGCGAGCUCAAAGACUUUCAACCUUUUACAAGCAAUUGUUACGACGACAUGGCUGACGCUAUUCCACCGUCUCCGGCAGAGUCAUCAAGGGCUAGUAGCAGAGAGCCACUGAGCGGCAUGGACGAAGAUGUUAGGACUUCCAAAGAGGGAAUAGGAACUCCGAGAACUCCAACAGAGAUAUCGAAGACAGAAGAGUCAGGAAUGAUGAAGGUGGCGGUGAAGAAAAGCAAGACAAAAAACGUCGGCAGCAAGACGAGCCAUAUUUUUGGAAGACUCGAG